AUGGUUGAUACAAAUAAUGUUAAUUCAGACAUCUCGGUAAAAGAUGAGGCCGACGUAGAUGAGUUUCUGCGCACCUCUGCAACUAAAUCAGCACGUUUAGAUGAGUCUGAAUAUCGCAAACACGGUUCAUUGAUAAAGCCUGUUUUACUUUGUUUAGCGACAUCUUUUGGUGGAUUUAUCUUUGGUUGGGAUAUUGGCACGAUCGGAGGUAUCACCAAUAUGCCAGCUUUCCAAAAUACGUUUGGAAACCGAUUUGACCCUGACACAGGGUUGAAUCGAUUCCCUGAUAUGUUAUUGGGGUUGAUUAUAGCUGUUUUUAACAUUGGAUGCGCCGUUGGUGGUUUAACUUUGGCUAAAGUAGGCGACAAGAGGGGUAGAAGGAUGGGUAUUUGCGUUGCCUUGGGUAUAUACGUUAUAGGAGUGUCAAUACAACUAUUGCACACCCAUGCUUGGUUCCAGUUUUUCUUCGGAAGGAUCAUAACUGGUUUUUCUGUUGGUACAUCUGCUGUUUUGGUGCCCAUGUUUGUUUCGGAAUCCGCACCUGUGCAGAUACGAGGUGCAAUGGUUGUCUUGUACCAAUUGAUGAUAACCUUUGGCAUCUUGCUGGGAAAUACUGUCAACUUUGCAUGUAAAAGAACCAUUGCUGACAGUUUGUCAAACAAUAACUGGCAGAUUCCGAUCGGUUUGGGAAUUUUUUGGGCAGCUAUUGUCUUGGCAGGUAUAUCUUUCAUGCCUGAGUCAGCUCACUUUUUAGCUGCUGGUGGUAGAAUGGAAAGUGCCAGAAAGUCCUUUGCCAUUAUGAACUCUAUGGAGACGACCGAUGAAUAUGUGAUAAACCAAGUGGAAAAAAUGUCCAGGCCAAAUAUUCCCGUUAAUGUUCAAGAUGAACCUAAGGGUAAAUGGGAAUUUAUUACUGGAGAACCAAAGUUGCUGCUUCGUUUAUUUGUCGGGAUUAUGGUCAUGGCUUUUCAACAAUUAACCGGUGUUAACUACUUCUUUUACUAUGGAACGACAUUAUUUAGUUCAGUUGGGAUUGAAGAUUCUUACAUUACUGCAAUCAUCUUGUCCGCUGUGAACUUCUUGUCAACUUUCAUUGGGAUUUAUAUUGUUGAAAGGUUAGGGCGGAGAUCAUGUUUAGUUCUUGGUUCGGUUGGAAUGUUUACAAAUAUGGCUAUUUACGCGUCCAUCGGAUCUUUUGCAUUAAACCGUGAUGGUGUUCUUCCAAACAGAACAGCGGGUUAUCUCAUGAUUGUGUUUACCUGCUUAUAUAUUAUAUGUUUUGCAAGCACAUCAGGGCCUGUCACGUUUGUUGUUAUAUCUGAAUUAUUCCCCACCAGAACAAAAGCAAUAUCUAUGGCUAUCUGUACUUCGGUUAACUGGCUGGUGAAUUUCUUAAUUUCGUUGCUCACUCCAACAAUAACGAGAGCGAUUGGCUUUAAAUAUGGCUACGUUUUUGCUCUGUUUUUGUUCGUUUCAAUAUUCUUCUUUUAUGCUUUGGUUCCAGAGACCAAAGGCCUUACUAUUGACCAAGUUGAUGCAAUAUAUGCAGGGAAAAAGAUUCCUGAUGAAAGUGAUAACUAA